AUGUUGUUGGAUCAAUAUGCGUUAUACGCUCAAUUUUCCACAUUUAUACCUCUGGGAUUCUUAAUGAUGUUGAGAUUGAUGCGAACUCUGAUGAACAGAGCAACAAAAAAGCGUGCAUCGUCAUACAGCUCUCGACUUUCAUACUCCGUAGAUUAUCCGGGGGGAACGAUGCUAAACCAACUCGUUUGGUGGUUGGGGGGAGACGUCAAAAUCGCUGGGUACUACUUAGGUCGAAAAUCUCAAUUUCUGCUGAGUAGCCUGUGGACAGUUUGCUUCUUAUUUCUGUCUAUUAAUGAGACUGGCAACGAUUACUUCCACCUUACAAAACGUUUCGGCAUUGUCGGUACAUCUCAGCUACCUAUACUAUACCUUCUUUCGUUGAAGCGCCUAAACCCUGUGGCAUAUGCUUUCCACAUGUCGCACGAAACUGUGAACCAGUGGCAUCGGAUACUCGGACGAAUAGUAUACCUACUUGUAACUCUCCAUGGUGGUCUCUAUAUCAACUUCUACAUCCGAUCCAGCAGUUUUGGAAAUGCUUUCUUCCGAGCAGUUCCAGUUCUCGGCAUACUCGCUCUGACUGGCAUUACUGUCCUCAAUACUGCCGCGAUUUCCAUGAUCAGGAGAUACUCCUACCGGGUAUUCUUUUUUACACACAUCAUUGUGGCUUUCGCAUUGCCUCCAAUAAUUUGGUUCCAUGUGCCCUACAGCAGGGCUUUUGUAGCAGAAUCGUUCGUCCUCCUAGUUCUGGAUCUAUUUCUGCGUUCUUUCAGCACAGUUCAGAGCUUGGCAACGGUGGAAAAAGUUCCAGGCACUGACUUGGUCAAAAUUGUGGCCAAGGUUCCUUCUAAAUGCUGGGCACACUUCGCAACACACCCAGCCUCGCACGCCUACCUGAGUAUACCAGCUAGAUCGGGAACAAUUCGAGAGCCCCUAUUGUCACCCCUUCUCCGCUAUGGAUUCCUCUUGAAUCCUUUUACAGUCGCAUCCGUAAGAGAGGGAACUAGAAAGCUCACAUUUGUGAUGCGUGUAAAGAACGGGCCACUCACUAAGAGCUUCGAUCAUCUUACUAGCCAAGAUGAGCAUACCGGCAGUACCAAAGUCAUUGUGAGGAUUGAUGGGCCAUAUGGCGCUACAUCCAAAUUUUCAAUACUUGAAAGUUCCAGUUUCGACUACAUCCUUCUUGUAGCUGGAGGCGUUGGUGCGACUUUUAUUAUGCCGCUGUACGAGAGGCUCAUAGCCAACAACGUCUCAGCCGAAGUCAAAGUAGUUUGGGCCGUCCAAAAUGCCAACGAAACAUCUUGGCCCAUAUUGUCAACACAAGAGAGCAUCUACAAUGAUCCGCGUGUUGACAUAUAUACGACGGGGACCAAACUAGAUUUAGAUGCUAACGAUUCCGGCUCCGGAUCUCACAUCGAGGAUGUGGAAAUGAACAUUUGGAAAGAUGGACGGUCUGUACCAGUAGGGGAUCGACAACGGCCAGACUUUCAGAGAAUUGUCGACCAGAUCUUUGUUAAAAACCAUUAUAAGCGUAUUGCGGUUGUUGUUUGUGGGCCUGUUCCGAUGUCUCAGGACCUACGACAGGCUGUAGGGGUUUGGGUCAAGAAGAGCAAAGAUAUCUGGUUCCAUAGCGAGAGCUUUGGCCUUUGA